CUGUGGCGAUGCAAGUAUGCUACGAUCCCAUGUUUGCAUACGGCAAUCUGUAACAACAUUGACUACACUGUUGGUCUACAUAAAUUUUUGGUAAUAACUUAUACCAAUUUUUUUGGCGACGGGGGCGCGGACGGGGAUGAGGGCGGGGGCGGGGGCUCCCCGCCGCCCCUCGACCGCCGCUUCCUGGACAUCACGCGCCGCGACUACGACCACCUGCCCUGGUACUUCCAGGACUCCGAGGACGACCUGACGCGCCUGGCGCUGUCCUUCCCGGAAGGGGAUCUGCCGUCCAAGCGGCCGCACUCGAUCGCGGCGCCGGGCGACGGUGCGGGCGACUGCGCGGGCGACGGCGGAGCCGACGGCGGAGGGUUCCGGAGGGGCGGCCCGGCG